AUGUCCAAGGCUCCUAAGAAGAACACCCCCUCCCCCGCUAAAAAAGCCAACACUUCUCCGAGGAACCUUCCUCGGGGUCCUGGGUCUCAGCGACCCCGUCCCAGUGGUUUGACCCCGCCACCUCGCUACGAGCCCGGAACGGCUCAAAACCCCAUCGUCGUCCGCGACGAUUCUCCCAUCGUCGUCCGCGACGAUACUCCCCCCCCCCCGCCUCCCUACGAAAAGGAGGCCCGUCGCGAGGGAUGA